CACAUUUAUAGAGAUGAACUGUCUUUCUCCCCCAGUUUCCUCUGCUUGUGUGUGUGUAAUCUACCUGUACUGUACCAGUGCUGACCACAGGGGAGGAGCACAGAGGAAAUCCUCUUAACCAGGCCAUGCUACUGUCUCCUCAGGCAGAAAGGAACUGGGAGGAUCUGUGUGCAGUGCUUGAAGAUGUGCUGGAGGACCAGUCCCACAGGCAGCUGUUCGCCUUAGAGCUGGGCUCUGGGACUGGGCAGCAUGUCAUACGCUUUGCCCAGAAGCUGCCCUAUGUUUCCUGGCAGCCAUCAGACAUCAAAGAAGAGUCUCUGGACAGUAUUAAGGCAUACAUUGCUGCAACCCAUGUAAAGACUGUGCUGCAGCCUGUCCACCUGGAUGCCAGCGAACCGUGGGAGAAAUGGGCAGGCCUUCCUCGCAACUCCUGUGAUGUUAUUGUUGCCAUUAACUUACUGCAAUACAGCUCCUUCAAUACAGCUAAGGGUGUUUUCAAUGGAGCUGGUCAGAUCCUCAGGCAAAAUGGCGUUUUAAUAACAUAUGGGGUGUAUGCUAUUAAUGGCACUAUAACACCAAGUUGUAAUGAACACCUGGAUGCAGAGCUCCGAAAAAUUAACCCAGAGUGGGGUCUACCAGACAUCGAUGUGCUGAGACAGCUGGCCUAUGGGAACGGGAUGCGUAUGGAGAGGAUGGUUGAGAUGGAAGAAUACUACAAAUGCCUCAUCUUCAGAAAACUUUAAAGAAGCUGCACAAAGAAAACGAACUCUUCUUUGUAUACUUAUGCACAAUACUAAGUUAUAUGUCAAAGAAUAUUUCAUCAUAUCACUCAUCAAUGUAAUGUUAUGGCCUUGACACUAAUAAAAGAAAAUGAAAACCCCU